GAAUACAUGUUGUGAAAUUAAAUAUAAGCAGUAAUUAUGUCCUGGCAAACACCUCUGAUUGUUGUCCAUUUUGUAUCCUAAUCUAGGAUGCUUUGGGUUGUAAUAUAAAAGAAGAGACUGGACGUUUCUAAUGAAAUACUGUAUGUACAUGUGGUACACUAUCACAUAAAAUCCACUUUGAUUGAAAGCCAAAAAGUAAGUAUAGUCGAGUUGGUGCAUCCUCAUUGUAAAUCAGCCUUAGUUUCAUUUGUUCAUAUUCACACUAAUUGGUCCCCAGAGAGAAUUAUCCUCUUUUAAUAUACAGUAAACAACCCAGCUGGAACAAGUCCAAGACAUAUGUGCUGUGCAGAAGAAACAGUCUGGCUGGAGUUAACGCAGGCUGCAUUCCUCUUAUGUCUGAAUCUCAUCUCUGUCAUUUCAAUCCAAACGCCGAGAGGCAGCUCACUGUAAACUAAUCAUAUUUCAACAUCACUUGACUUCUGCCUCUUCAUUGCACCGUUACAUAUAUUUGUAAAAGCUUAAUUCAUUGUGUGUUAUAUUGUGUAAUAUAUAUAAUCUUAAUAAUAUUUGUGCUAUUUGUUCUAUAAUCUCUUCUAUAAUCAAAAUGUGACUUAUUCCUAAUGGGAUUUUAGCACUUACUGCCCAGAUAGUCUCAUGUUCUCUUAUGUUUUAACUUGAGUUUAAAUUGACCUUAUACUGUAGGUUUUUUUUUUUUUAUUAAUAUUAUUUUAGUUUGGUUCCUUAAUUUACAGUUUUUUCACACAAGUAUUUACCUUUGUCAUUUUCUUUUCUGCUCGAGUUUCUCUAGUUUCUCUUGCAGGUGGAAGGGGGCAGAGUUUCACCGAUAAAUGUCUAUGAAGUCUGGGGAAACACCUCCCUCCCGCUUUUAGGAUGGGGCGGCGGACAGAGUUGCAGUCGGGACAGACUCAACUUUUCUGAAACACACCACACAACUGUCCGACGUCCUGCCAUGCGGGGACUCUAACGUAUUUCGGAUUGUUGUCUAUUUAAUUCCGCUCCUUCAGUCAUGGCUCCGUUUGGAAAAAACUUCCUGAAAGCUCGACUGAAAAACAGGACAAAAGAUGCCGAGCCUGUGAUCGGAAAAGAGAUUCAGGUUACUGUCUGCAAUGAGGAGAAGGUCGUCUGUGGGGUAACAAAGCACACAACUUGUGCAGAUAUGAUUCAGGCGUUACUGGAAGAUCACAAGUCAGUCCCGGAGAGCAAGCGGCUCCUGCACGGGGAACCCAAAGACUUCUGUCUCGUCGAGCGUUGGAAGGGUUUUGAGAGAGCUUUGCCUCCUCUCACCAGAAUCCUGAGGCUCUGGUAUGCCUGGGGUGACCAGAGACCCUUCAUCCAGUUUAUUCUCUUCAAAACCAGCGAUUUUGUGCCUCAGCCCGCCAAGAAGGCCGUUAAGUCCAAGGGGGCCAAGCAGAAGCGGUGGGAGCACGGCCGUGCGCACUACCCCCAGUCUCUGCCAGUGGAGAAGCAGAAGCGCAUGGUGAAGAAAGCUUUCAGGAAGCUGGAGAAGCUUCACAAUGACAGCAAGAGCUCCCCGGGCGCCGAGGAGAUCGAGCGGAUGGUGCAGCUUAUUCUCAACCAGGACCACACAAUCCGGGAGCAGAUCCAACACAUGAGGGAGCUGGAUUUGGACAUUGAGCAGUUUGAACUGCAGGUGCAGAGAGAGGCCGAGUGUGAGAGUUCACUGGCUCAGGCUUGCGGUCAGAGUUUGGAGGCGCACACUGAGGAGCAGCUGCUGGAGUACCUGUACACCGGCGAUGGAAUCGAACAGCUCGAGCUGCAGGUUCAGAGACACCGGGAGCUCAUCCUCCAGCUGUCCCGGGACAUUGACACUGAGCUGGGGAGGGCCAGUUUCCCGCUAGAGCAACAUGAGGAGAGUGAACAGGAAGGAGCGGCGGCUGCUUACUGGAUCGCCUCCGAGACGGACGAAUCGUUCUACACUGCCGAGCUCAAGAGGAUGCAGGAAGAACUGCAACACAGCCUCUUCACCGGCGUGUCCCUUCACAACCAAGCCGCAGAGAUAGACAAGCAGAUAAAGUACUUUGACACCACGCUGCUCUCCAAGGACCAGGAGUGCUGGCAUCUGGCUGCCCAGCUGAGCUCACUGCAAAUCGGGGACAGCACAGAGGAGAAGUCCAGUCCUCUCCCUGUGAAAAGUGAGACUCAGUGCAGCGUCUCACAGACGGUGAAACUCAAACACAGCCUGUCCCCUCUAGACAUUACAGACACAGACUCAGACACUGGGAUUAGCUCCACACACAGUCAGGACUCGCUGUCACCAUGUCUGGAUUUCCCUCCCCCACUGGAUACAGACGUUUGAACAACCCAGCUGACCCAGCAUUUAAAACAAAAAAAAGUUUUGUAUGCACUAGCCCCAGUUUGUGCCUCUCAGGUUCUCAUUAUCUGUUUGUCUGAAAGAUAAAUCCCCAGAGAUCUUAAUGACCCAAGAUGGUAAUUUAACUGGAGCUGAAAAAAAAAAAGAGAUGAUUAUCAGAAUAGUUGCAAACAGACAGAAAAUGAAUUAACGAUUUCAACCUUUUUUUUUUUUUUUUAAGUAAAGAUGUUAAACGUUCUUUGGUUUGGGCUUCUCAAAGGUUUUGCUGCUUUUCUUCAUCCUAAGUAUGAAUCUCUGCGAUUUUGUGAAAGUUAAGCUAGUGAUCUGCAACGGUCCACAUGACGUAAACUCGGCCAUCAGAGGGUCUGUGCGAGCCUCUGUCCAUGAACUCUAGACAAAAGCAUAACAACAAAUACAUGUUCAGCUGUCUGGAGUUUAAUUAAGGCCUCAAAUCAACAAACAAGCAAUUUGAGGAUUUCACUAUUUAUUAAUCUGGGCAUAGCUCAUUAUUUUCUGGCAUUUUAUUUAGAAAAAAAUCAAGUGAAACACCUUUUAGCUCGAUUUGAGUGACAUGAGCCAAAAUCAGCCCAAGUUUUAAUAUCAGGUAUAUUUAUCCACAAUGAUUUUGUUUUCCAUUAUUUUAACUUUUGAUACACAUUGUUUAUCUUUUGUAUUUUUUCUUGUGUUGUAAAAAAAAAAAUAAUAAUGCAUCACUUUUGGAUUGGGAAAAUGAGUCACAAGUUGGGGAACAUUGUUUAGUGAGCAGGUUUUUCUUUUCUUUUUCUUUUCUUAAAUCAGUAGUUUGGGUUUUUGUCUCUGAAAAUACCUUCGAAAAGAGCUGCAGUUGUUAAACAACAUUGUGGGUUUCUGAAAUGCUAAACGAUGCUCAGGCCUGAGACUGAAAUGUAAUGAUGAUGAUGAUGAUGAUGAUGAUGAUACAUGGACGGCACAAUCUGGAGGAAUGUACGCACCGAUUACUGUGUCACUGUCUGACCACUAGAUGACCCACUUUUAAAGUGUACAUUUGUGCGCCCAACAAAGAGGCAAUGACUAUUUACCACUGACAGACGUGUUUAACGUUUAAAGGCUCAGAUAGUUAAAAGGCUUCUUUUUUUAUUUUGUUUAAUUUCUGUCACAGGCUCUUUGUGUUAGAAAAUGGUGAAUGUAUGUUUAUUGCCCCUUUUUUUUUCUCUCAAGUUCUCAAUAUAUUUAUGAAGCUGCACUUCUUCCAACACACUUACAAGUCUAUUAACGAUGUUUUAUAUUAAAACAAGUAGCUGACUGGUUUGGAUGUAGAAUGUGUGAAAUGAAUCGUAAGUUUCCUCUCGACUACAUUGUAAAUACGCUGCUGUAUCUGCUGUAAAUGAUUCUUCUUAUGGCACAGGUGCAGACUUUAAAAAAAAAAGACAAUUUGAUAAAGCAACCGAGAAAUUAUUUAUUUAUCAUGUAAUUGUAUUUUUACAGAUGAUUGUUUCUCCUGUCAGGGGAUAAUCUCAAUCUGAUCAAACACAAUCACGACCAAAAUAACAAAUAUCUGGACUAUAAAUGUGUAACUCAUGCUUAAAAAAAAAAAAACAAGCUAUGAUAAAUUAAAAUGUAUAUUUCAACUUUCAUAAUAAACACUAACACUUUAAA